AAGAGAAUGAUGUAGAUAAACUUUUAAAGAGAGUGAUGUAGAUAAUGUCGUUGAAUAGAAAUCGUGUCUAUGAAGACACGAAUUAUUUCAUUAUUCAACCUGAUUCAGCAGAAGAAAACGAAGAGAAUUAUUGCUGGGAUGCUCCGACUUACCUCACACAUCUGCAUCGAAAACAGCUAGCAACACAAUUACCAUUUGAAACGAGCUGGUGGAAGCCUUUGGAGAAAAAGAAAACUGUUUAUGUUGCACUCGUUAUGUGCUUGCACGUCGGUGUAGAUCCGCCAGAUAUAAUCCGUCCAAGUCCCUGUGCUCGGAUGCAAUGUUGGCAAAACCCACUCCAGAUUGCUCAACAAAAACCAGCAGAAGUAAUUGGGAAUGCCCUACAUCAACAGUAUGAACGAAUGCAACAGAGGGCGAGAUUCAAAAUCUUAACUGACCCAAUCAGUGAUACAGUGUCAAAAGCAUGUGUUCAGCUCCGCAAAAAUGCAAAAGAUGACCGAGUCCUGGUUCAUUACAAUGGUCACGGAGUUCCGAAGCCUACUGCCAAUGGCGAGAUCUGGGUUUUCAACAGAGAUUUUACCCAAUACAUACCAAUGUGUGUGCUCGAUGUGAAUAAAUGGCUGCAAGGACCAACAAUGUACGUGUUCGAUUGCUCAAAUGCCGGUCUAAUUGUAGAUACCUUCAAAAAUAUAUGUCUACAAGCAGAUCCCACUCUCGACGUCAUCUGUUUUGGUGCUUGUGGUCGUGAUGACAUUCUGCCUAUGAAUCCUGAGCUUCCUGCCGAUCUUUUCACAAGUUGCCUCACAACGCCCAUAAAAAUUGCAUUAAGAUGGUACUGCAUGCAGAAUCCAGAUUGCUUACCUCCUGGAAUAACUGCCGAGAGUACUGACAACAUUCCAGGAAAGACAACAGACAGAAGAACGCCCCUAGGUGAAUUGAACUGGAUCUUCACUGCCGUAACAGAUACCAUAGGUUGGUCUGUUCUACCAGUUUCCUUGUUCCAGCGGCUAUUUCGACAGGACAAUUUAAUCGCAGGACUUUCUAGAAACUUUCUUCUCGCAGUCAGAAUUUUGAAAUCAUACAAUUGUAAACCUUGCUCGGAGCCAGAUUUUCCUGAAGACACUGCCAAUCACCCCAUGUGGAAAGCAUGGGACAUGGUGUGCGACUUCUGUGUUCGACAGCUUCCCUACAUUCUGUCUCCUACGUCCACCUCACAGUCACAGGAGCCACCGCGCGAAAAGAAGGAAUACGUGUUCAGUCCCUUCUUCAGUGAGCAAUUGAAGGCGUUUGAGACUUUCAUGACUCAAAUCAGAACCACAGGGUACCAGAAGCCCAGUCUGCUUCCCAUUGUUCUUCAGGUGCUGUUAGCGCAGAAUCACAGACCUCGUGCUCUUGAAUUGCUGAAGCAAUUCCUCGACGUGGAUGUGCGUUCCGUGAUGUCUGCAAUGAGCGUUGGAGUAUUUCCCUAUAUAGCACGGCUUCUUUCCACUCCCUCAACUGCUACCCCGGAUACCCUGCCACCCCUGUUGUGUAUCUAUGCCAAGAUCAUAGCCCUGGAUCCCUCCUUUUAUUCAUCCCUGGAAAUGACCAAAGAGAUGUAUAUAAGCAGCUUUAAAGAAAUCAUGUGCAGUACUCAGCCGCCUUUCAGUAAUCUCCACAAAACACUGGCAGCAUAUAUAAUCUCCCGUAUGCUAAAUCACUUGCCAGAAGUUAGGGCCAUCUGCGCCGAAGACAAGCUCAGUUUUAUCCCCAUGUGUGAACAACAGCUGCAUGAAACAGACUAUCCUCUCUUCCACUUGUGGACUAUCAUCUGUUUAGGAAGUUUAUGGAAGAGCUGCGACGUUGCAAGACGCGCAGCGCUCCGUACCACCAUCCUCGAUAACUUGUUUGAAAUGCUGGGAAGUCCUCACGAGGAAUUGAGAACAGCGACACUGUGUGCGUUGGGAACCUUCGUUCAAAAUAGCAAUGUUGUAAAAGAGAAUAGCAAAAACAGCGACACAUCUGAGCAAGGGAAAACAAUGCCAAAAACAGACGCUCAAAUGGAUGAUACAGAUCAAAAGAUAGCUUACCAGAUCAUCAGGUGCAGGUUUGAUGUUAGUGAGAUGGUACGUAAAGAACUGGCUGUAUCAUUGGCUCAUUUUAUUCUCGAAAACGAAAAGAUUUUCCAAGCAAAGUGGAAACAGUUGGUCAUUAGUUUUUCCGAAGAUUCAAUUGCAAUGACUGGGAAUCUUUCACCAUUUUGGCGCAAUGGGGAGUCUUUUUACAUUGUGAAUGGAAAUGACUGUGAUAAUCAAUCUAAUAUCAGAAGGUUGAACAACUCGCCACGAGAAAACGAAAUGACAUCCUCACUUCAAGAAACAAAUGAAACUGAUGAUGAAACAAUCAAUGGGGCAAGUAACGGUUUUCAUGUUGGGACUCCGCCGACGAACGGUCCCCCUGCAGUUAGAAUGAAAAAGGUAUCUGUGGGUACAAAUGGUCCGACUAAAGACGGAGACUCAAGAAGAAACGAUAAUGCCUGUGCUCAAACCCCGACAACUCUGAGAAGAAACAACCAAAGCAUGCCCGCAAUUAAUCAAAUUGGUGCAACUGAAACAGUAGAAUAUAAAGAUCUAUGGGACACUUUGAUCAGUUUGGUCAACGAUCCAAGUGGAUCUGUGAGUGACAUUGCUAAACAGGUGUUGAAAAGGAUAUCGGAUGCGAGCAAAGGAGUCCAUGCCUCCGAGGAUAAAGAGAACUCACAACCUCCUAGGGGAAUCCUAAGGAGCGACAGUUGCACGAAUCCUCCGAGCCAUUCUCUGAUACCACAUAGUAGUGGUCUGAGGAAGAAAGGGAACUCCUGUGAUGAUCCAACGUCAAGUACAUCUAGGUUAAACUUGUUGGAGGAAGAGCCUACUGCUAAUCAGGGAAAAUCGCAGCACGUGAGGUUCAAUCAACGCCAGGACGAGACCUAUUACUACCACAAAGAGAAUCCUGCAGGGUAUUUAUGCACUGGUUUUAUUGAAGAGUACUCGCAACUGAUGUUGGAACCCUUCCAUAAAUGGCCGUUUGCAAAGGCAAAUGUUCAGAUGCCGUCAUCUGCAAACCUGUCUCCGACAGAAAAAGAAUCUUUUUACAAUAUCGAAAAAUUAAAAAUGUUCAGGAGCAACGCGAAAUGGAGAAUAAAGGCCAGCAAGAGGAAGCUGGAUUUGUCCCGUAAGGGAGAGGUUACUGCAGUUUUACAAGUCCAGGAUAACUCGACUUUCGGAUCAUCAACAGAUGUUAAAAAUCAGCUCCUCUCGUUUCAGUUUGAGCCCUACAAGAACACUGCAAUGCUUGUUGGAAGCCACAGCGUGCUGAAUUUUGACCUUGAUUCCAAAAAUCUGCAAAUUUGGUAUGACGACAACGCCACUGUGCAGCAUGUUGCAUGUUCCAAACCUAGUGAUAGGAAGUUUCUCAGUGCUGACAUUGUGAACUCUCAUGAAAAGCCAUUGCUUCUGGUUGGAAAUUCUCUGGGCUGCUUCAAAAUUAUUAAUUGCAGUGAAAAUGCCUCUAAAAUUGAGGACGACAACCUCACUCGGGGAGACAGCCUAAGGUCACAAACUGUGAAUACAGAUGAAAGAUCAGGCGUUUUGUGUUCGUUUCGAGGCUUCAGAGUUGCUCCUAACCAACCGCUCCAAAGACUGGCAACUUCCUGGAACUGCUGGACUGGAAAGUUAUUAGCUGCGGCCACAGAUCAAACUUUUGACCUGAAUUUGAACGCUAAAGCGAAAAAUAUUGCUCGAGUUUGGGAUCUAGAAACUCAACGUUAUGAGCACGAGUUUAAUGCUAUUACUCCGAUAACUCGAUGUUUGUCCCAUUGCGACUACUACGAGAAAGCACCGGACAUCAAUCCAUUUGUUCACUAUUUGGGUUUAUACAAUGGCUCGAUUCAAACUUUCGAUACUCGGCAGUCUGAGCGGAAUCGCGUAUUGUAUCGAGAACACAAUAAAUCUAUAGCCUACCUCACAAGUCACAGAGACAAUUGUCUGUUGAGUUAUGCAGAAACUGUGAAGCUCUGGGAUUUGAGGAAACCUCAUUCGAUUACAACUCAUCGACUACCGGAGAACCACCAGCGAAUCGCAGUCUCACAUUUGUCAUCAUUGUUCGCGACGACCUACCUGAAAGGCAACGCUUACCACGCCGAUAUUUGUCAUCUAGAUUCAGGAAAAACUGUCUCUUCCUUCAAAAUUCAACCUCAAAGUUACUCCUCGUUUCUCUCAACUAGUAAACCCCAAUUGCUAGAUGUACAACACGUCGAGUUUCACCCGUGCAAGAAUCUGAUAGGUUUUGCAUCCCAAAGUGGAGCCCUCCUAGUCUAUAAAUUGAAUCACGCAUCUGAUAUUGAUUAGCUUUUUUGUUAGAAGUAAUAAAUACAAAAAUUGUGCAUAUAACUGCCUUAGUAAAUCAUUUAAUGACAUUUUGGCUGGGGAAGGGUACUUAAUUUUAAUGCGAAGAAAAUGAGCCAGGCGAAAGUGGUUGAAACGGUGUUUGGAAACGUGACGCUUGUGAAAUGACCAAACUUGGUUACGUGAAAACAUAUGAGGCCUUGGGUAUCACGUUACGGAACAAAAUUAAUGGUUAAAUCUCUCUAAAAUGUCAUUGUGUUAUGCAGUAAAGAUUUUGGCAUUGAUUUUACAUUUGCUUUUGAAUUAUUUUUGUUAUGAUGUCUGUAUAUUUCAGAAUUAGUUCAACUUCGCAUCCGGACUACAUGAAAUUGCUCCGAUAUGUUUUAAAACGAAUCAUUUUUUGCAGUAGCUCCAAAUGUCAGUGAAUUUAAAUGCGAAACUAACGGAACGUUCUGGCAUAUCCAUGGCAUCUGUUUCGUCUAGUUAAAAUAUAGAUCUUGAUCACGCUUGCUCUGUAUCGGUCAUGUAGCUUAAACUCCCAUUGAAUAUAGAUAUUUCAUCAAAGGCAAAUUUUUGUCAAUAUUUCAAAUGAUAUAAUUAGGGCUUAUGGUCCAAUAUUCUGUUAUGUAGAUUAUUUAGUUAAAAUUUACACUGUCGAUUUCUC